CCAAGGGGAUGAAAGUGGAGGUCGAGCUGAACAACUAUUCAAGUUCUCGAAGUCGUCAUCAGUCAAGACUGUCCCUUUGAAUCGGAAAGCCGAUAGUAGUAAUCAAACGGGCCAAGCUCGCCCAUAUAUCGUCCCAACGGCUUCAGGCGACAUUAUUCUCCUCUUUUCACGGUCAUUGCUGGCCAGGCUCCCGCCUGGCACAUCCGAACCACGUCUCUACUCUCGAAACUACCCUUUCAUGCAGAGCAGUAUGUCUCAACCUAAUCGAGACAAACUGUUCCAUUCUUCCCGGUUUGCGGGAGCUCCUGAAGUAAUGGGACCGCAAGGAGACGCAGCGUCAUCUGCUCCAGCUGUCAAGGCACAUCGACGCAAGCGACCGGUCAAGAAGGUACAGGAAGCGGCCGUUCCUACAGCUGUCAAACCUGAAGAUAUCGGCAGAAGCCUAGCUCAGGCAAGACAGAAGAUACCUCAAGCAAAGUUGAAUGCUAAGGAGAUUGUCAGAACCCACAUAUCGAAUCUACCUGCUGGAGCACCUCGACAAACGCAAACGCCUGCCCAGGGGCCUGUUCAGCAGCAGGGCCCGCAACAGCAACAAUAUCAGCAAUGGCGACCACCCCCGCAGCUUUAUCAGCAACAGCAGAAACGACAGCCACAAUCUCAACAGCCGGCUACGUAUUUCAAUCCAAGGUUCACCCUUCCUCGGGAUUUCGAUUCGAAAGAUGCCAAUGGACAGCUACUUCAGCUUCUUCAAGCGGCACCUUCGGCGUUUCCUGACCAGGAAAGUCCAUUCCUCACAGCAUAUUCCCAGACCCUCAUGAACCGAGACCCCCGGGAAGACAUCUACCCUCCUCUUCUCAACGGUCCUUCUCGAUUCACGAAAGAAUGCGUGGAUUCUUGGCGAGGAUCCCUUCCCCCUGCGGACGUGCAAGAGACCAUCUCGAGGAUCAUUUGGAACGUCAACGAAGUCAUUGCGGAUCGAUGGCCGAGGUUACGUUUCGUGGUAGAACCGUUUGGAAGCGUCAGCUGGCGAGGACAGACGGGGAGUCAGGGAGAUCUUGAUCUCGUGCUUAGGGAUUAUUCUCGGCCGUUCGGGUACACGGAAGAUUACUGGGGCUCGGGAGGCGCUUCUAACAUGAAAUUGCCCUCGGUAUAUAACAUGAACGUGGUCGCGAGAGCACUUCGCGAGAGUGGGUUCGUCGAGGUUGAGCCGAUUAAAUGGGCUACCACACCGAUUACCAAAUUCAAAGAUCCCUUUUCGGGGUUCGAGGUCGAUCUGAACGUCAACGAUCUAGGUGGUCUCUACAACAGCGCUAUGAUCAACGCUUAUUGCCGCCUAUCGCCAUAUCAGCUGCGUCCCCUGAUCCACAUUGUCAAAUCUUGGUCAAAAGCAAGAGACCUCAAUAAUCCAUCCGGGAAAACAGGCGAACGAUCUCUCAGCUCGUAUUGUUGGGCUCUCAUGGCCAUUGUUUAUAUGCAGAUCAAGCACGGGCUGCCUAAUCUGCAAGAUGACGAUGUCGUCGGGAGCGUGGGCAGGCAGAACAUCGACGUCUGGGUCGGCUGGGGACGGCCGAAGGGCAUCCCGGCUCACGUGUCCUUUGCCGAUGAUCUUGGACUGAAGGGAUACAGUGGCUCGAAGGUGUCGGUGGUCGAGUGGAAAGGACAAAAGUUCCUCCAUAAUGACACAUCGGUCGGAGAGCUGGUCAAAGGCUUUUUCGAGUUUUACGCAAAGCUGACGAGUGAGACCGGGAAAGGCUUCAGCAGCGAGAACUUCGAGACGCACUGUCUUUCGGUAUGGAAAGGCGGCUUUGUCGAGCGCGGCUUCCCAUUAGAUCUGCGAUAUGAUUCAAAGCAGCAGGAGUACAAGCGCCAAAGGCAGUUACCAGCUGCAGCUCAACAAGCAGAAGGAAUUCAACCACCUCCACCACCGAGUCAACGAAGUAGACGGAUCUCGGGGUUCUCGCAACCGCAAGAAUGGUCAGGCGCCGACUUGGUGGUUCAGGACCCGUUCCUGCACGACAAGAACUGUGCAAGCGCGAUGAACCACCAGACCUUUCAGAGGCUGCAAACUGAAUUCGCUCGAGGUGCAAGUCUGACUGCCAGCGGUGCGAUUUUGGAAACAUUAUUGGAAAUCUGCGAUCCCGUUCAACACAAGACGAAAGCAGAGCGACGUGCAGAGGAACGUGCUGCUCGAAAGGAGAAAAGUUCAGAGCCGCAGAACUUAACCGCUGAGCCCUCCAACGCUCUCCAGCGGCGCGCUGGUGAGCAUUCGGCAAGAACCGAGAAGGAGACAGGCGAGGUCCCACAUGUUGGACACGAGGAGGAUUUGGGAGCGGAAGCGAAGCAUAGCGAUACGACUGGCCGAAACAUAAAAAAAUCCGAUGGCAAUGCCGAUGAGCCAAGCAGCGAAAACACAAGCAGUGAAAGCCAUGAUGCAACGCUUGCGGCAGCGUUGAUUGGUUUGGCAGUUGCUGAACUCGAGAGCGAUACCGAGGACGAUGGGAAAGAGCCCGAAACGAACGGCAGUAACGAAGCAUUAGGACCCAGUUCCUUGGGAUCUGUUGAUACGGUAUACUCGGCAGAUUCGAUCGAAUGGUCUCCUUUCCGUGACGACAUAUUUGUUUGCGGAACUUACCAGAUACAAAAACUGGAAGGGGAAAAGGCUAGCAUCAAGGAGGAUCAGUCUGAGGAGGAGUCUGACUCUCCCGCCAUCAAGCGGUUGGGCAGAGCUCUAGUGUAUCAGGUUGCGGAAGAAGGUAGAAGCUUUGAGGAGAUGCAGCGUUUCGAAGGCCCGGCAAUUCUUGACAUGAAAUGGUCGCAUCCCGGUGCUCCAGGCGGAAAUCGACUAGCGAUAUCCAAUGCGGAAGGACAGAUUACCGUUCAUCGAUGGAAUGAGGAACAGGCAAGAAGAUCAAAGACUAUAUUUAUCCAGGUUGACGACUCUAGUGUUCUUUGCUUGUCUUUAGAUUGGUCCAAUCAACUUGAUCCGAGCAAUUCUACCUCGAUUAUCAGCUCCCUGUCGAACGGAAAUCUGGCGCACGUUGUGACCGAUACCGAUGGGUCGAUGACGGUAGAUCAUACGUGGCACGCUCACGACUACGAGCCCUGGAUCACUGCUUGGGACUUGUGGCAACCGGACACGGUAUGGUCAGGGGGAGAUGACCUCAAGCUGAAACGCUGGGAUAUACGAGCGCCCAUGAUGCCCGCGCUCGUGAACAAACAAUUCGAAGGCGGCGUCACGACUAUUGCUUCUAAUCCUCACCUCGAGAAUCUGCUCGCAGUCGGAAGUUACGAUUCCAACUUGCGCAUCUUCGAUGCGAGAAACGCUCGCAUCCCGUUGCAAACGAUCCCUGUUGGAGGAGGAAUCUGGCGUACAAAGUGGCAUCCAUCCGUCGAACGAAAAGGGGAUGUCUUGCUAGCAUGCAUGCAUGGGGGUUUCAGGGUGAUCAAUCUGGAUCAGCCCGAAAGCUGGCUGUCCUUGGAGGGGGAGACACCCGUCCGCGAGUGGAAACAAACAGCACUUUUCGACAAACACGAAUCGAUCGCUUAUGGAGUGGAUUGGCAGAGGAAGGCCACGGCCACUGCAACAAAUGAUUCGCUUAUUGCAAGCUGUUCCUUUUAUGACCACCUGUUGCACCUGUGGCGGGCAUGA